UUACUCAAGUUUCGGUUUGACUCGUCUCCAUGUAUCCUUAAUCACGGGCAGAGGUAAUAAGGGUGGAUUGAAUUGUCAAGCUUGGAGGUCGAUCAUUGAUUGCUCCACAAAUCUAUGGUCACCCCCACACACCAAGUUCUCAAUUGGCCUUUAGUAGGGAUGGCAAUCCAAGACCACUUCCCAGUCGCGCGUCAUGUCCGUCGGAAUUACGGUCCUAUCGGUGUGACCCGUCGGUUGUUCCUCCCUUUAGUUGUGCUGGUUCCACCGGGAACUGGGGUUUUUAAACGAAAAUAUGUGUUUACAUGCGUGUGUAUGUGAAUUUGUCCAUGAUUUCUUUGCAAGAAGGGUAUAUAUAGAAAAUUAGACGCCACGGUCGGCUCGGACUGUCUCUUGAACCAACUCCUCCUUUUGUUAUUUACAAUUCACCUUUCUUCCUAUAUAUUUGAUUCCUUAAUCCUCGUGUAUUUCUCCGGCCAUGGCGUGGUUGCAGUUUCUGGGUCUUGUAUUAUCUGAGCUCACUCACGCUCAGACUGGAGUGAUGUCCCCCGUUGCAGAGGCUUGCGGCCCUUCAGUGGUAUGCAUUAAUCAAUAUGCGAGUGUGUUGCCAUAUCAUUUCUUUCGAAACGUCUCUACUAUGGAUGACGUAUCUACUUUUGGUGACACCACAGUCGCCAAUGGUACUUUACUGAAGGAUGUCAAGUCGGCCAACUUUCUGGUAUAUGAUAAAGAAAGAGGUCUAGAGAUCCUGGGUGACAAUCCAAGUUAUGAGUUCAUGUUUACCGUCUCCGAAGCUGUCCAUGAGGCACCUGUGUACAUCGCAUCGCAGAAUAAACUCUACCUAUCUCAACUGGCUCCCCCUCCUGGCUAUCUCCCCCAGCUCGUCGUGGAUUUGAAUGAAGACCCACCUACACUGUCCAAGUACCUCUCCGACCCUCCUGUCUAUGCUCCCAACGGAGGUACAUUCCAUGAUGGCAAAAUCAUCUGGGGAGCGUCCGGCGGUAACCGAUCAAUCGGAGGUAGUGAACAGCGCAUCUCUUUGAGGACAUUGGACCCGGAAACCAAUAAGUCGGUCACCCUGUUAAACAAUUACUUCGGAUAUUAUUUCAAUACCAUUGAUGACCUGGCGGUGCAUCCAAAGACAGGGGACAUUUGGUUCACAGAUCCUCAGUAUUCGUGGUUCAAUGCUCUCACCGACACUCCCCCCCAGCUUCCAAGUGCCAGUUACAGGUACAAUGCCUCGUCGGGCGCGGUUUUCGUGGUUGAUGACUCUAUUGGCCAGCCAAAUGGCAUUGCUUUUAGCCCGGAAGGCUCAGUCGUCUAUAUCACCGACAGUGCCGCUGUGAGCGCGCCAGUCGAUCCGCAAUAUGGCCAUCCUGGCAGUAUAUUUAAUACCACCCAGCGCAGGACCGUUUAUGCCUUUGACGUAAGCGAAGAUGGUACCAGCGCUUACAACAAGCGACCUAUCUAUAUAGCCUCUGGAUUCGUCCCGGACGGCUUGAAGGUAGCAGCCAACGGAUACAUUGUGGCAGGUGUCGGACGAGGUGUUGAUGUACUUGACCCCUCUGGCCAGCUUCUUUUAACUAUCCAGACAAACUAUACCGUCCAAAACUUUGCCUGGACUGGGCCCGAACUCAAGACACUCUGGCUUAUGGGUAAUGGGGGGAUCAGUAAAGUUGAGUGGCAACUCGGAGGACAGGAGCUAAGGUGA